GGUGAAAGCCAUGAUAUCGACUUGUUCUAGAAUAUUCGCAGGUAGCCUUCUCAUAGUCAAACCUACACAUACUACUUCCACAGCUUUCUCUGUAGCUCGAACACUCUCGCCUUGUCUCUCCGGUUCUCGCUUUCAGGUUCGCGCUAUGGCUGACUCUGCUUCUCCCUUCAAAAAAGUUCAGAUUCAAAGGGAUGAUACUACAUUUGAUGCAUAUGUAAUUGGAAAGGAUGAUGCCCCUGGAAUCGUUGUGCUUCAGGAGUGGUGGGGUGUUGAUUUUGAGAUUAAAAACCAUGCUCAAAAAAUUUCUCAAUUUGGUUCUGGUUACAAGGCACUUAUCCCUGAUUUGUACCGUGGAAAAGUUGGGUUAGAUGUUGCAGAAGCACAACAUCUGAUGGAUGGUCUUGAUUGGCAAGGGGCUGUCAAAGAUAUUCAGGCUUCAGUUGACUGGCUUAAGUCAAACGGUUCCAACAAGGUUGGUGUUACUGGAUACUGCAUGGGUGGUGCGCUUGCCAUUGCAAGUUCUGUUCUGGUCCCAGGGGUAGACGCAGUUGUAGCUUUCUAUGGAGUUCCAUCACCCGAACUUGCUGAUCCUGUUAAUGCUAAGGCACCUGUGCAGGCACAUUUUGGUGAAGAUGAUGGUUUAGUUGGAUUUUCAGAUGUAAAGACUGGGAAAGCUCUAGAGGAAAAACUGAAGACAUCAGAAGUUCCACAUGAGGUUUACUUCUAUCCACAGACUGGACAUGCAUUCAUGAACAAGUCGCCGGAGGGUGUUGAGAGGAGGAAAAAAAUGGGGAUGCCUGAUGCAGAAGAUGCUGCUGUCGAGCAAGCUUGGACCCGCUUCCGCUCAUGGAUGAGUCGAUUCUUGUCCGCCUAAGCUGUGGUACUUGAUUUCUGAAUCUAUAAUAGGUUGUGCCUUGACAAUAAUUUGAUGUGUCUUGAUGCUCCAGAAUGUUUCCGGGAGCUUGCUUUUGGAACUCAGGUUCCUACGGUUCGCAUAUAAAACUAAGUGUUCUGGAGAUCGGAUAUAUGACCAGGAAAACAAAGUAUUGUGGACUGAAAAAUAAGCUCGGUUUCUCCUUGUCCUUGUAGUUGGUAUGUUAGGUGUAUGUAGAAUAACCAUCGUUAUCCAGCUAGCCCACUCUUUUUCCAUCUCCUUUUCUCUCGUCGUGGCUCACCUUUUCAAGUCAACUUUAUAUGAAGACCUGAGGCAUUCCCUGUGAUAUACGCUAGGUGGUAUAUUAAAAGGACAGCCGAAUCAAUUGUUAGGUUAUUCAUAAAAUAGAAUAAUGGCUGAAUACAUACAUAAUCAGAAACUGCAGUUGUUUUUUUAGCUUA